AUGACCCAAGGCUUUCUUUAUGGGAAUCAGACAAAGAUGUUCAGGCAUGCCCCCAACCUGUCCCUCUUUGAGGAUGGAGCUAAGGGACAGCAGCAUCGCAACCAUGGAACUGCAACUCAGGAUUUUGGGAAGAAGAAAUCUGAAGUGAACAGCAUGAAGGAGCUGUACCUGCUGAUGGAGGAAGAGGAGAUGAACGCUCAGCACGCUGACAACAAGGCCUGCGCAGGGGACAGCUGGACCCAGAACACGCCCAACGAGUAUAUCAAGACACUGGCUGACAUGAAGGUGACGCUGAAGGAACUGUGUUGGCUGCUCCGGGACGAACGCCGUGGUCUGACGGAGCUUCAGCAACAGUUUGCCAAGGCCAAGGCCACCUGGGAGACGGAGCGGGCAGAGCUCAAGUGCCAUGCCACCCAGGUGGAGCUAAAGGCUGGGAAGGGGGCCGGGGAGCGGACUGGGCCCGACUGGAAGGCAGCCCUCCAGAGGGAGCGUGAGGAGCAGCAGCACCUCCUGGCUGAGUCCUACAGCGCUGUCAUGGAGCUGACGCGACAGCUGCAGGUCAGCGAGCGCAACUGGAGCCAGGAGAAGCUGCAGCUGGUGGAACGGCUGCAGGGUGAGAAGCAGCAGGUGGAGCAGCAGGUGAAGGAGCUGCAGAACCACCUCAGCCAGCUGCAGAAGGCUGCUGACCCGUGGGUCCUGAAACACUCGGAUCUGGAGAAGCAGGACAACAGCUGGAAAGAGACGCGCAGUGAGAAGAUCCACGACAAGGAAGCUGCUUCCGAAGUUGAGCUCGGGGGAUCCAGCUUAAAGAGGACCAAGUCUGUUUCCUCCAUGUCUGAGUUUGAAAGCUUGCUGGACUGCUCCCCCUACCUUGCUGGCAGUGAUGCCCGGGCCAAGAAACUGCCCAGCAGCCCCACCUUUGCCUUUGUGAGUGCUGAACCAGUGGACCCAGAGAAAGAUGCCAAGGAAAAGCCCGGGCUCUCGCCGAGGGACUGCACCCGCCUGGGCGCCCUGGCUUGCCAGGACGCCACAGGGAGGCAGAUGCAACGCAGCUACACGGCUCCCGACAAGACGGGCAUCCGUGUCUACUACAGCCCCCCGGUGGCCCGGCGCUUGGGCGUCCCCGUGGUGCAUGAUACGGAGGGCAAGAUCAUCAUUGAGCCUGGCUUCCUCUUCACCACUGCCAAGCCCAAAGAGUCAGCUGAGGCUGACGGGCUGGCUGAGAGCGCCUACGGCCGGUGGCUCUGCAACUUCUCCCGGCAGCGCCUGGACGGAGGUGCUGGGGCCAGCCCCUCUGCAUCCGGGCCUGGCUUCCCCACAGCCCUGCAUGACUUUGAGAUAUCAGGCAACAUGAGCGAUGACAUGAAGGAGAUCACCAACUGCGUGCGCCAGGCCAUGCGUUCAGGCUCACUGGAGAGGAAAGUGAAGAGCACGUCCAGCCAGACGGUGGGCCUGGCCAGCGUGGGCACACAGACCGUCCGCACCGUCAGCGUGGGCCUACAGACUGACCCCCCUCGCGGCAGCCUCCACGGCAAGAGCUGGUCGCCUCGCAGCUCCUCGCUUGUGUCUGUGCGCAGCAAGCAGAUCUCUUCCUCGCUGGACAAAGUUCACUCGCGCAUCGAGCGACCCUGCUGCUCACCCAAGUACGGCUCACCAAAGCUGCAGAGGCGGUCCGUGUCCAAGCUGGAUGGUGCCAAGGACCGCAGCCUGUGGAACCUCCAUCAGGGCAAGCAGAACGGCUCAGCCUGGGCCCGCUCCACCACCACGCGGGACAGUCCUGUGCUGAGGAACAUCAAUGACGGCCUGUCCAGCCUCUUCAGUGUGGUGGAGCACUCGGGCAGCACAGAGUCUGUCUGGAAACUGGGCAUGUCUGAGGCCCGGGCCAAGCCCGAGCCUCCCAAAUAUGGCAUUGUGCAGGAGUUCUUUCGUAAUGUGUGCGGCCGGGCGCUGAGCCCCACGUCGGCAGCAGGGGAGGAGAGCACCAGGAAGCCAGAGCCCCUCUCUCCAGCCAGCUAUCAUCAGCCCGAGGGCAUGGCCAGGCUCCUGAACAAGAAAGCAGCCAAGCCAGGCGGCUGUGAGGAGGCCAGGCCCACCAUGCUCCCCCAGGUGGGGAAGGACGGUGUCCUCCGGGAUGGAGAUGGAGCCACGGUCCUUCUCAAUGAGGAUGCUGUUUGUGACUGCAGCACGCAGUCUCUCACCUCCUGCUUCGCCCGGCCAUCCCGCUCUGCUGUCCGCCACUCUCCUUCCAAGUGCCGGCUGCACCCUUCAGAGUCCAGCUGGGGCGGGGAGGAGAGGGUGGCCCUCCCCAGCGAGUGACAGAGGAGCCGAGCUCCCCGCCUCAGCCAGCCCAGCCCCUGGGUAGCAGAAGGGAACCAGCAGGGAUGGGGUGAGGGGCCGCGCCCUCCGUGAUACCAUUGCCGGCGAGCAGCCGUCAGUCAAUCAAGGUAAAGCCGCGUCUCCUACUGACCACUGGGUGGUGAGCCCCAACUUCCUGGGGGAAAGGCAGUGAGUGGGAGAAAGAACAAACCUGGGCUUUGGAAGCAUCCACAGAGAGAGGCCAUCAAGAGCGGUUCAUGGGUCCCAAGGGAGAGCUCUGCCUGGUUCUGCCCUCACCCACUUCUUGGGAGAAUGCUGGAAGGGUGCACUUCUGACCAUGCCCUCAGGAAACAGGGCUCAGAGUGGUAUUCCCUGCUGAUCACAUACCCCUUCCCUGGGGAGGAGACCCUGUGCAAAAGAACAAGUUUUGCUCCAGGGCUCCACGUGGGUUCCCUGGUGGACCCAGGCUGGGCAUCGUCACCAUCACCUCCCCCGCUCCGGCGUGUCUCCUCCCAGCCCCGCUGCUCUGGGUUGUUAGGACUCCAGGGGGUAUGAUAGGGCAGAUGCCAGGGCCACCAGUCUGCUUGGAACCCUGCGGCCCUGGAUCUCCCUGCCCAGAGCCUGAUGCAGCAAGAUGGGAAGGUGAGGCGGGAUGUGUAGGGCUCAGGACUGGGAGCUGUUAGAAUUGCCUCCCUUGCCAAGGCUACUCGGAGGGCCCAACCUUCCCAGCAGACUCUUUGAGGACAAAAGGAGGGAGAGUCAGGCUCAAGACCUGGUGCACACGUCAAUGCCUAAAUGCCCACUGCCUUGAUCUUGGGGGCCUCUUUCCCUGGCACCCUGGGAAGCUACAUCUCCACUGUGUUUACACCCUGCAGCUGGUGGGGGGCAAAGAUAGUCCCAACAAGAGACUCCCAGAUGGCCAGGUCAGGCCAAGGAGAAUGCCAAGAGGCCUGUGCCCCUAACAAGCAGUAGACUGGGGCCCGGAAACACAUUUCUUGCCGAGAUUGUUUAUUUGAAUUUUUCAUACUAUACAUAUUUAAAAUGGUUUACUUUAUUUUAAUAAUUUAAUUUUACCCCAAAGUCCCUAAGGUAAUUUAUUGGAGGUUGAGACAUGUAUUCUUGCUGCUGGGACAACGUGGGGCUUCUGAUGGCAUGGACAGGCUGGGGUCCCCCACGUGGAUGAGGUGGCUCAGCAGCCAGGUCUGGAGACCACGCUCUGCUCUGCUGGCCAGAUUUGGAGGGCCCCUCCACAGAGCAGGAGCCCUCACCCCAACACUGCUGACCACGUGGCCUCUGAGCACUGCUUGUCGCUCAACAGCUGGCACUUGCCUGGCCCCAGCCGUCAGUCUGUAAAAGUUCACUGACGGGGCGGAAGGCUGGACUGCUGCCACUACUCCCAGACAUUCUCUAUUUCCCUUCUCAUUUUCCUCUUCCUCUGACACCUUUGUCAACAAACCGAACAUGGAUCACUGAGGCUCUGUGAAGAGCAUGGCGAUCCCUUCAAGUUGCCUGAGUGAGAACUCGCAGGAACAGGACUGAACUCUGAGAAUGUUUAUUGCACAUAGACCUGCGAGUGUCGACAGCCUGCCCUGGUUCUCACCAGCCCGCCAGCCUUCUCACCAGCCUCUCUCCUUAGCCUUACAGCCUUUCAGGCUCUGUUCUGGCCCCAGCUCCACUGCCCACCCUUCCCCCUAUCCCAAGGGAGCUGCCCGAGCCAUCAGUUGGAUUGCGGUGUGGCUUGUCGUGUUAGGGGGAGGAGGGCCUGCCAUGGCCUUCCCCUUGGUGCCAGUGAACCCUUGUUGACUGCACACAUAUGCAUACAGAUGCCCACACACACACAGAUGUGCGACCCUUCUGGACCUGACUGGGGAUCCUGAGUUGGAAACACCAUGAUGGAUCUGCUCGUCUGCAAAAUUCCCCAUCAGGAAGACCACAAGCCAGCAGUGUUGCAAGUUUGCUCCAGGACGAAGGAGAUGCUCCUGCACUCCGAGUCCCACCUGCCAGUUCUCAGUCCCACCCUUCCAAGGCCCGCCUAUCCUGUAGGCUAAAUGUCAGGGUCCUGUCAGUCCUACCAGCCACACAAGUCACUUGACAGAGUGGGCAGGCAGUGGAGCUGUGGGCCGGUUGACCCCCCCCCCCACUUCCCACCCUGUGAUGCCACUGCUCCCGCCCAAGAGGUCAGGGGGCUUCCAAGGUUAUCUCCAGGUGAGGCGAUUCCUACCAGAGGCCUUCCACCACCUUCCAGAGCUGCAGAGUGCCUGAGAGGAUGCACCCUCAGCCUUGGGGAAAAAUCCCGUGAGUCCUGAACCUGAGCCUGGAGACCACUCAGCCUUACCAUCGUCCUUAUCCAAGGUGUUCUUGCCAUCAUCAUUGUCUCAGCACUUGGCCCCCAGCCCCAGCCAGGGUCAGAGGCUCCAGACCUGGGUUUUCUGAAGUCCCGGUUUCUGCGUCCUGCGUGCCACUGUACACGGCCAUUCAUCAAAGUUCCUGCAGAAGCCUCUGGACUCCGGCUAGAUGGGGCUGAAAGUGUUACCUGUAAAUAUCGGUUUGCUUUGGUUUUUAGCAUUUUACUUGGUAACGUGUGUUUUCUUUUUUGGGGGUGGGAGGGUUGGUUUGUAAAAACUCUCUACUCUUUUGGAAUGUGAUUUCUAAGUUUG